ACGAGUGCUGCUUCUGGCUUCUGGCUGCUACGGCGAGAGACGGGCGGCUGCUCUCUGAAUUGUGGUGCAUUCAAAAAACACAAAACAUACAAAAAGAGAAUUUUCUCCCCCUUUAGACUGCCACUGGAGCAGUCUUUGGAACGAAAUUGACUAUUUUGGACUUGGAGUGGAGUAAGGCAGAUUGAUAAGGACCGUGCCGUGCAGGGAGCACCAAAACCAACCGAGACUAAGACUGAGACCAAAGAGACGCGAGAUUUCGUAUUCCACUCACUGACUCUGACUCUGGCGCUGGCUCUGGCACUGGCUCUGGCAGGCAACGUGUUUCGCUUCUCGUACUCGUCAUAGAGUCAGUUUUGUCUGUCUCCCGUCGUCAUCGUCGUCGAAUUCGCCAUUGCCAUCUCUUCUCAUAAUCCGAGUGUACUCUGCCGAUGGUGGUGGUGCUUCAAUCGUGUCUUGUGUCGAUUUUUGUGAAAAAAGGGAGUGGAUUUACUUUUUGUUUUUUUUUCGACAACACAAAAAUUGAUUGAAAAUUUAAACAGUGGAACAAGAAAAACAUAAAAUUUAUUAAAGGUGUCCAAAUAAAAAUCAUCAACAACGAUAAAACCGUGAAUUUUGUCCAAGAAAAGUGCCAACUACUUUAACCAGCUUUUAACAAAGAGCAAUGUCUGACAUUGAUGAUGAAUCGUUCGAGACUGAAAAUUGGCUAGUCAAUACCGAAUGGAUACAAGAUUUUCUAAAAGAUCAUCAUAAAUAUAAUGCUGAUUUUGUUUUAAAGGAUUACACUGUAUCAGCAGGAAGUUCAAAUGGAUUAAGUAAUCUAAGUGAAGUUUUAGCUGUUAAAAUCCAAUAUGAAUUCCAAGAUGAAAAACAUCAAUUAGAAUUGUUUAUAAAACUUUUGCCACAUGAUCCGUUCAGCCGAUUUUUCGUUACCGAAGCACAAUUUGAUUUGAGAGAAAUUAAAUUUUACACUCAGAUUCUUCCUGAUUUAUUGGAAUUCCAAAAGCGACAUUUACGAGCAGAUGCAGAGCCCAUGACUAUAGCAGUGCCAAAGUGCUAUCACAGCACCUACAACACCGGAUUGAAUGAAGAAGAAUCUAGUCCUGAACCUUCAGAGAGUAUUUUGGUUUUGCAAGAUAUGCGACCAAUGGGCUAUCAAUCGGCGCACUUUACAUCCGGCCUCACCUUGGAUGAGACAAAGUAUGCUAUAAUAUCGAUCUCAGCUGUUCAUGCACUUUCAUUGGCAAUGAAGUUCAAAGAAAAGAUCCAACUCAAUGAGAAAUAUCCAUUCCUAUUUCAAAUUGAUAAAGCUUCAGAUAGUUAUCAACAAUUGGUCGAACAUGGAUUGCCACAUUUGAGCAAAUUUCUGUUGGAGAUUGGUGGCAAGGAUGAGGUCCUGGUGGCUCUUAAUCAAGUUCGUAGUAAAACUCGAACCAUCAUUGAAACCCUUUUGGAGCCAAUCGAGCCAAUGGGGUUGAUAACUCACACAGAUUUUUGGUCGAAUAAUUUGCUAUUGAAAAACCGACCUGAUCCUGGCAAGGAGGAUAACUGUGUGAUUUUGGAUUGGCAAAUGGUGACAUAUAGUCGGGCAACAAAUGACAUAGCUCUUUUGAUGAUCUCUUCGUUAACAUCGGAUGUAAGACGUAAGAACACUGAGAGUCUACUUGACUUCUACUAUGACUGUCUAAAGAAGAAUCUACACAAAGUUAAUGUUGACUUGGAAGUUGAUCUUGGAUACUCGAGGCAAAAACUUGAAUUUGACUACAAAAAAUCUCAACUUCUUGCACUACUUUUGUGUAUAGGAUCAGUUGAUAUUGCAUUGGGAAAGAAAGAUGCUGAAGAAAGAUUAAUAGACGCAUUGGAAGACUUCAAUAACGAUGGAGUCUUGAAUCCAAACUAUCUGGCAAAUUUGGAUAAUAACUGCUAAACAUUAUGUUAACAUAUGAUAUUUUUUUUUUAAUUUCAUUUUAAAGUGUAGGUUAUAUGAUUAAGCUGAAAAAAGGAAAACCCUAAAAUAUAAACCAGUUAAAAA